AUGCUGGACCUAAGCUCCGGGUGGAACCUGUCCUUCGCGGGCUGUGGGUUCCUGGGCAUCUACCACAUCGGAGUAGCGAGCUGCCUGCUGGAGAGAGCCCCGUUCCUGGUGCGAGGAGCGGGGAGAAUCUAUGGAGCUUCUGCCGGAGCUCUGACCGCCUCAGUGCUCGCCAGCCAGGCGUGCAUCGCAAAGUGCUGUGAGGAUGUGAUCGAGGUGGCCAAAGAGGCCCGCCGCCGCAGCCUGGGCCCCCUGCACCCGGGCUUUAACCUGGUGAAGGUCCUGAAGAGCGGCCUGUCCCGGGACCUGCCCACGGACGCUCACCUCCAGGCCUCAGGCCGCCUCUGCGUCUCCCUCACCCGGGUCUCAGACGGACAGAACGUCCUGGUCUCUACCUUCAGCUCCAGGGAGGAACUCAUACAGGCGCUGGUGUGCAGCUGCUUCAUCCCCGUCUACUGCGGCCUGAUCCCCCCGUCCUACAGAGGAGUGCGGUAUGUGGACGGGGGCAUCAGUGAUAACCUGCCUCAGUCCGAGCUGAAGAACACCAUCAGUAUCUCUCCGUUCUGUGGAGAGAGUGACAUCUGUCCCAGAGACAGCAGCAGCAGCAGUUUCCACGAGCUGCGCUUCACCAACACCAGCAUCAACCUCAGCCUGGGCAACCUGCACCGCCUCAGCAAGGCACUGUUCCCCCCAGAGACACAGGUCUUGGCUGAGAUGUGUCAGAGCGGAUACAAAGACGCUCUCCGUUUCCUGGAGGACAACAACCUGCUGGUGCUGGCCCAUCCCUCCUCCGGACCCUCCCCCUCCUGCUCCUCCUCCUCCUCCCCCUCCUGCUCCUCCUCCUCCUCCCCCUCCUGCUCCUCCUCCCCCUCCUGCUCCUCCUCCCCCUCCUGCUCCUCCUCCCCCUCCUGCUCCUCCUCCUCCUCCCCCUCCUGCUCCUCCUCGGACCCUGACGUCAGCUGCUGUUGUGCCCAGACCGAGAGCACCAGAGAGUGGCUCCUUCGCAGACUCAAACUCCUGGGAAAACAGCACUGGUGGUUAGACCAGAACCUGCAUCUGCCCAGGAGCAUCAAGAGAGUGUUCUGUGAGGCCUGUCAGGACCGGGGUCUGGUCUCCACUGUGUCUGGGACUCUUCCAGUGCGAGUGGCGUCCUACAUGUUGCUGCCGUAUACACUCCCAGUGCAGUCUGCAUACUCUGCUGCUCAGAGGUUCAUGGAGUGGAUACCAGAUGUUCCCGCUGACGUGCGCUGGAUCUUUGGGAUGGCAGGAGAUGUGUAUCGACAGAGAAGAGGAGAGACCAGUGACAGGAGCCUGAGGAAGUGCCUGAGUGCGCCUCCUCUCGGCACAGAGCGCCCCCUGGAGGUGAACCCUCUCCCUACUCUCUCCUCUUUGGACCUCCACGGGAACUACUGGGAGAUCCCCCACUCCCCCCCUCCCCCCAGCGCCUCCCCUCUCCUGUCAGCCUCACCCCAGCAGCUCUGCUUCUUUGUGGGAUCGCGGGACGACGAGGAGGCGGCUGAGUGA